CUUGUUUAUUGAUACAACCGGAAAGUAUCUUUGCUGUUUAUCUCAAAUGGAUGGCUAGCUUCUACCGAACAUAGGCUAAACGUUUCCACUUUACCAUCCCUCAAAAUGUCAAAAAUGCAGCUGUUACAGGAUUAUCUAAACGAGCGAUUAACAGCGGUGGCUGUUGAGAUAUUUGGGGCAGUGGAAAAUACCAUAGCAGAGUACCAGGAAGAAAUCUCCCGUUCAAAGGAGGAGAUCGGUCGUUUACGGAAGCUGCUGGAUUUGGUUUUCCAACCCGACAUAAUGUUACAUAGAUCAGAUCCCCAGCAGCUCACAUUUCCUGUACCUGAAGAAGUUCCUCCUGAGCAGCAGCACUGUGAGCAGGAGUGGAGCACCAGUCCAGGGCAGGAGGAUCCAGAGCCCACACAGAUUAAAGAGGAACAGGAGGAGUUUGUGACCAGUCAGGAGGAAGAGCAGCUUCAGGGGCUGGAGUCUGAUACCAAAGAGUUCAUAUUAAUUUCUACCUGUGUGAAAAGGGACUGUGAUAAGGGCCCACCCCAGUCCUCACAUCUUCCCCAAACCCAGACUGUGGAGAACAGAGAGAGGGACUCUCUACCCACCAAAACAAUUGAACAAGACAUCAAAACAGAACAUGAAGAGGGCUACAGAGAAUCUGAACCAAACAAUGAAUUACAGCCCCUCUCUCCAGUAAAUUCAGACUGUUCUGCAGCUCAUAUUGGGAACAGUGAAAGUGACAAUGGGGUGGACAGUGGAGGACUAAUGUCAGGGUUACAGCCACACAAAUCAAAGAGAACAUGGACAAAGAAAGGACAAAGCUCUAAAACCAGGGAAGCCAGUGAGUUGAAAGUUCCAUUGAGGGCAGCUCACUCAGGGGAGAGACCACACAGGUGUCCUGUCUGCAGGAAAUGCUUUCUGAAAAGUAGCAUUUUAAAAACGCAUCAGAGAAUUCACACUGGGAUGAGACCAUAUUGCUGCAAUGUAUGUGGCAAAAGUUUCAGAGAGAAGGGAAGCCUGACAGAACAUAUGACAAGUCACACUGGGGAGAAACCAUAUCAGUGCAAAGACUGUGGCAAAUGCUUUAUCCGGAUGAGAAACCUGACAGACCAUAUGAGGAUACACACUGGAGAGAAACCGUAUCAGUGCAGUGAUUGUGGCAAAUGCUUCAGUCAGAAGAAAACCCUGACCAUACAUAUGAGGACAGUACACUGGAGAGAAACCGUAUCUGUGCAAAGAAUGUUGCAAAUGCUUCAGCCAGAUGAAAAGCCUGAAAGUGCCAUAUUAGGAUUCACACAGGUGAGAUAGACCAACAGAUGAGAGACCAUAAAUGCCCCAUGUGUGUAGAAUGCUUCAGAUCAGCAAGUCAUCUAAAAUGGCACCAGCGAAGACGUCACACAGGAGAGAAACCACAUUGCUGACUUUGUGGUAAAUGCUUCACUUGUAAGAACUGAGGAUGAGGAUGAACCCAGAGAGAGAAACAUGACAGUGCUGCUUGGGGCAAAAUCGUACUCUCACUUGUAGUAGGACCUUUCCAAUGUAAAACGCUGAUGUUUCAUAACCCUUCUGAGCAUGGCCUCAAAUGUAUAUAAUAUGUUUUGCUUCCUUGUUGACAACAUGACCAAGUGGUGCAAAUUGCUGUUUGAUUUGAGAAGGGCGUUCCUCCCUCACCGCUUUUGCCCGUUCAUGUCACGGGCCAUAAACUGGUGCCCCAUGGCUCAGCAUAAUCGAAUCCGCCCAUUGGCACGUCGGAAAUUGGUUUGGCGCCGAAACCUUUUGUUGUGCGUCUCCCGAUAAUAUUACUCUUUCUGUUUAUGCAUUUAACGAUCAGAAAGUUCAACUAAAAUGUGUUUAUGUGUAACAAUUAAAAUGUGAAGGCUAAUUUAAAGGAAUGAUUACCUUGUUUAUCCCCGUGAUUGUUGAGGGCGUUCUGUCCAUUUCCUGAUCAGAGUUUGACAGGCAAACAGUGGGAGUGUUCGAGCGCAUGGUUAAUUAAUGGUAUGGGGUAUUCGGAAGUAGCAUAUUCCCGGGAGGGAUUAUAAAGUAUGGUGUAGCACCUUUAUUGAAGUGUGUGCUAGGAAAUACACGCAUGUUUAUAAUAUAAACGUGUGUAUUGUAAUAGUUGCCUUUGAUUGUUAAUUGAGCAUCAUUGUGUGAAAUGUAUUCUCAUUGGCCGUUGCAUUAUGGGUAGUGGUAUUUAAACCCUGCCAUUUCGUUGUUUGAGACAGGACAGAGCCAGGGUAUGGUCGGCGUGAUGCUGGAGUUUUCGUUGAACGAGCGUUUAUGUGAAACAGUUUAUGAUCCUGUUGCAACCUCCAGUUAAUUUUGUUUAGUAAAUGUUGUAAAAUUUCGCCCACUAUUUCCUCACUGCAAAUAAAAAGCCUCACCCUGGGCAGGAAAUCGGCUCUAUAUUGUCUUGCCGAUUCCGGUUAAAAAUCCAACUGCUGGGUCACCCUCACAGAGGGGAAAGGGCUUCAGAUUUGAAGACAUGCCACCUUAUACCUGUAGUAGCAGGACAAACAAACCCAUCAAUCAAUGAUCUUGGUUGAAUGUAUUAAGGGAUAAACAUGCACAACAUUGUAGAAGCCCACAAUGUUGUGCCUAACAGAGAACCAUGCAUUUUUAGACAAACAUUUUUACCUUCAUUUUGUUUAGAAUUAUACACAAUACAUUUAAGUGACUGUCUUGUAGCUGUACUAAAAGCAGCACAUGGUUCAAAUGUUGGAGUGCCAUCUCACCAACUCUAGUUUGAGUCAUUACCUCUUAUGUUUGUGGAGUGGGUUUGACACCACUGCACGGUGCUUUUUCCCAUAAACCUGACAUAGCCCCAGUCCAUCUAAUGCUAUCUAUGUUGUGAGCAUCUUAGUGGAUUGGUCUAUCAUGCUUCUUGUUAAUAAAAUGUUAUUUUUAAUUAGUGUAUCAUUUUAAUGUUUUUGUUAUAGGUUAUUUUAUAGAUUAGUUAGUACAGGGGCAGGGCUCAAAUGAGCUCAAAGAAAUUGAGUAGUUUUUCAACCUUUAUUAUUAGUCAUACAUCAGGUAGAGAUGAGAUGUAGGAUAUUUCACAGUGAAUAUAUUUGUGAAUAUAGUGAAAAGUUACUCCACAACUUUUGCUUUGUGCUUGAUUUGCAUUAUAUCCUUGGGACACAGCCACGUGGAGAUUGUUCAGUUCAGCUGCGCUAUAUCUCCAUUACAGCAGGCGGCGGUAUAACAAUUUUACCUCGUGCAGGUUCAAAAAGACAAACAUAUCUUUCACUAGGAAGCGUUUGCAUUGUUUACACUGAGGGGACGCUUGCAUGAGCGUCACGGCAGCAACAUUAGCUGGAUCCUAUCCAUAUUAAAGACUUCUGGCUUUCGGAUUUUGCCUUCAAAAUAAAAGUCUGCUGUAAAACGCUGUGUAUGAUACGAAAUCAAUAUUUUUUUGCAGGAUUGCAUAGUGCAUAAUGUAAAAACAAAUAUAACUACAUGGGGGGAAAUCUAAAAUAAAGAGAAUUGCUACUUUCUAUAAGAUAAAGAAUA